AUGGUUAUAUUAUCUUCUUCCUCCUUAACCUCCAUGAAGCUCAAAACCCUAGUUCACACCUUCAUUUUCUCUCAUCUGUGUCGUCUUGCCCGAGCUCUCACCAAAGCAAAGUCCAUUCUCAUGGAGAUUCUCAAAGAAAUCCGACUCCUCCACCUCAUAGAAUUACCCAUAAAGAAGAAUAAGAACAAGAAUAAGCUCUUUUUUGGUUCAUUUAGACUACACUACAAUUGGUGCUCUUCUCAUGUGUUGCCGGUCCCUUCACCUGUGCUCGAGGGGUACUCCACUAGCCAUGUGUACUACGAUUCAACGUGGAACUCAAUCAUAUCAACGGAAUGUGAUGAUGUAGGAGAGUCACAGCUUUCGGGAUAUCUCCGUUGGCUUGAAGAAAAGUCUACUACUGAUCGUAGUAAUGAGAUCGAUCAACUUGCUGAUAUGUUUAUUGCAAACUGCCAUGAAAAGUUCAGGUUAGAGAAACAAGAGUCCUAUAGGAGAUUCCAAGAAAUGAUGGCUAGAAGUGUGUGA